CUCCAACGACCGCUCAUAGCAAGUCGGCUCUCCCCUAUACGUCGUAUUUUCGUUGUAUCAUUCUCGUGUUGCCAUUGCCAAUUGCUCGUGGUGCUUCGAUUGCUCUGCCGACAAAUUUUCGAGUUCAGUGAAAAGUGAAAAUGUUCCAACGAUGCGUGCCAAACACAGCAAGGAUAUUCCUGCGAUCGAGGAUUCUUCAUCAGGCGGCUAAGCAACAGAGAAGUCUCACGACGCAACUCGAUAAGAGUGAUGUCAAAGGUGCUGACGCGAGGAGUCCCAGAUUCCCAGGAGCCGCUGCUCCAUUCACGUCCAAUCCGCAGAUCAGCCAUGCGGAGAAUGUGGCGCCGAUUCCCAUCUAUCGCGUUAUGGAUCGAGAGGGCGCGAUUGAGGACACUAGCCAGGAUCCAAAUCUCUGUCAGGCGACCAUCCAGAAGAUGUUCCGUGAUAUGGUGCUGCUCAACACAAUGGACAAGAUUCUCUACGAAUCUCAGCGACAGGGCAGAAUUUCCUUCUACAUGACCAACUUUGGCGAGGAGGCUUCUCACAUUGGCAGUGCAGCCGCUCUGACGCCCGAUGACUUGGUCUAUGGGCAGUACCGCGAAGCCGGAGUGCUCGUGUGGCGCGGCUUCACCAUCUCUGAGUUUGUGGAUCAGUGCUACGGGAAUGUGGAUGAUGAGGGCAAGGGCAGGCAGAUGCCAGUGCACUACGGAUCGAAGAAGCUCAACUUUGUCACCAUCUCCAGUCCUCUGGCCACCCAGAUUCCGCAGGCGGCGGGUGCAGCUUACGCCCUGAAGCUUAAAGAAGGCAACGAUCGCUGCGUGAUUGUCUACUUUGGCGAGGGAGCGGCUUCCGAGGGUGAUUGCCAUGCUGCCCUCAACUUUGCAGCCACUCUGGACGCUCCGGUGAUUUUCUUCUGUCGCAACAACGGCUUCGCCAUCAGCACGCCCUCUUCGGAGCAGUAUCGUGGUGACGGAAUUGCAGGAAGAGCGGCCGGCUAUGGAAUGGCAGCUAUUCGGGUGGAUGGAACAGAUGUCCUGGCAGUGUACAAUGCCACAAAGGUGGCCCGAGAGUACGUGAUGCGCACUAAUAAGCCCGUCAUUCUGGAAGCUAUGAGCUACAGAAUUGGACACCACUCGACCUCAGACGAUAGCAGUGCUUAUCGAGCGCCGGAAGAGCUCGAAGUGUGGAACACAGUUGAGCAUCCCAUCAACAAGUUGAAGAACUUCAUGCGCUCCAAAGGCUGGUGGAAUGAGGAAGAUGAGAAUGCCUUUGUGAAGUCAAUCAGGAAGCAGGUGUUAUCGCAGAUCUCUUUGUCAGAGAAGAAGCCGAAGCCAGACUGGCGCGAAAUGUUCCACGAUGUCUAUUAUGACCUUCCAACGCAUCUCCAGGAACAACUGAAGCAGAUGGAAGAGCACGUGGAAAAGUACAAGGAUCACUAUCCUCUCAAAGAUUACAAGCAGUGAUCUGAGAAGCAGGUCGUGUUCCCGAUUUGAUACCAAGAGAAAAGUGCAUUUACUAGAUUUUACGGAGAGAAUGCGAUAAUACAAUACAUUUUUGCAAUGCG